AUGACUUAUGAUGAUGGAGGAUUUUCUUCAACUUAUUCAAAUCAAGAUCCUACUAUGAAUGUUCCUGUUACUUCUAAACCUAAUUUAGCACAAUUAUCUCCAUACCUUAAUAUAGAUCCGGUCUAUUUGGCUCCCACUCAACCAGAAUUUAUAUUUUUAGAUGGAAAUUCAAGGCAGCGAGGAAGAUUUGAAUUGGCUUUUUCACAAAUUGGAGCAUCAUGUAUGGUAGGUGCAGCUCUAGGAGGUGUAGGCGGUUUUUAUAAUGGUCUUAAAAGCACGACUAAACUCGGUCAAACAGGACCCCUUAGAAGAACACAAAUGUUGAAUUACAUAAUGAAACAAGGAGCAGCCAGGGCUAAUACUUUGGGAACUAUUGCAGUUUUGUAUAGUGGAUUCGGAGUUAUUUUAUCUUGGCUAAGGGGUAGUGAUGAUGAGUUAAAUACAAUAGCAGCUGGAACUGCUACAGGUCUCUUAUAUAAAUCCACAUCUAGUUUAAAAAAAUGUGGGAUUGGGGCUGCAGUUGGUUUUUCUCUAUCAGGACUUUAUUGCUUAAUCACAGCAAAGGAUAAAUUAGAAGCUAUGAUUAGAAAAUAA